CCAGCGCCCUGUUCAGAUCGCAUUUAUUUGCUGUCCAAUCGUUGCUUUAAUUUAUGUGGCUUGGCUGUCGGUCGGGGGCUGGCUGGGAAUGAUUGCAUAAUGUCCUGGAAAUUUGUGGAGCAGCCCAAGCCGGGCACAGAAACAGCUCUAGAGGCCUGCGACUAUUUCGUCGAUGAGGUCACAUACGUCUCGUGUGGCCCAGGAGGGCGCAGACCUGAUGCCCGGGAGGAGGUGCGACAGAUCAAGCAUGGAGAGCUCAGGGCGGCUGUUAUCGAGGGGGAUGAGCGCACGGUUCGUGUCCUUCUGUCGGCGCUGGGAACCGAGCGGCAGAUUAUAGUCAAUAUGGCACCAUCCGGCGCCAACACGCUGCUCUUCACAGCCUGCCAGUCUGGCUAUGAGAGCAUCACCCAACGACUGCUGGACGCCGGGGCUGAUGGACGAUCCCAUGCGGUGACAAAGUAUUCCCCGCUGUAUGCAGCCGUCCACAGUGGCCAUCUGGGCAUCGCCAAGCUGAUGCUUGACCGAUUUCCAGAGCUGAUCCAACAGCCGACAGUGGAGCGCUGGCUACCCCUGCACGCGGCCUGCAUCAAUGGCCACAUCAAGCUGCUGGAGCUGCUCAUUGGCUACAAAUAUCCCGACUACCUCUAUCAGACAUAUCGCGACGAGGAGGGCCAGUGGGAGUGGCGACUGCCCUUCGAUGCCAAUGCCCAUGAUGUGACGGGGCAGACGAGUCUCUACAUAGCCAGCAUUUUGGGCAACAAGCAACUGGUUGGAGUCCUGCUCAAAUGGCAGCUCCACUGCAGACGCACGCUGGGCGACUCUCGCAGUUCGGUUAGCACUCCCAUAACACCGACCAGGAAGCGCAUUUCCUUUGGCAUCCAAGCCAUCAUGUCAAAGCUGCAUAUAUCCGGCGAAGCGGAGGCCCUGGAGGAGCAGUCACCGGCAGAAUCGACAGAAUCGCAGCGUUGUCCCAUCAACGUGAAUUUGUUGGGCGGUGCUGCGAGAGAAACGGCUCUGCUGGCUGCGGUCCGUGGCGGGCAUUUAGAUGUGGUGCAGUCGUUGCUGCAGCAUGGGGCCAAUCCGAACAUUGUGGCCAAGCCCGUGGAGGAUCAAAACGAUCCCAAGUGCAGCGAGGAGAUCUACGGGCUGAGCAAUGUCCCGAUUGCCGAGGCCUGCAAGCAGCGCUCCCUGGCCAUGCUGGAUCUGCUGCUAAAGCACGGCGCUCGCGACGACAAUGGCUCAGCCAUCAGCAUGGCCCUGGCUGGUGGCGACGAGGCAAUUUUGAGUCGCCUGCUGGCGCGUCGCGUUCACCCGGACUCGGACUACAAGAUCAACAAGAAGGGACUGCCCACACCGGUGGAGGUGAAUGUGUUUCUGCCCUCCACGAGCAACAUAUCUACAACCUACAGCGCCAUGUUCCCCAAUGUGCCCACCAUCGUCGACUGGCAUAGCCUGAGCUCAAGCGUUCAGCUGACAGUCGUGCGGGUGCCUUGGCUCGUCAGUGGAGUGCUGCUGCUGAAUCCCAAACUGCAGUCCCAUCCCAGGCUCACCGAGGUGUCGCUGACUGCCAUCACACGGAUCGACUUCUCGCAUAAUCUGCUCACGACCAUUCCCCAGGAAUUGCUCCACCUGGUUAGCCUCAAAUAUCUAAAUGUGGCCCAGAACAAGAUCACCGAGCUGCCUGCGCCCAUGGGCAAGGCGUACAGCUGUCCCGUACUGGACGAGCUCUUCCUGCAGGACAAUCAGCUGACAACUCUGCCAGCUGCCAUUUUCCAUCUGCCUGCAUUGAGCAUUCUGGACAUCUCGAAUAAUAAGCUGCAGGAGCUGCCAUUCGAUCUGUGGCGCGCUCCCAAGCUGCGCGAACUGAAUGUGGCCUUUAACCUGCUCAAGGAUCUGCCGGUGCCGCCCAUGCAGACAAGCAGCUCGGUCUGGAGCCUGGACAAGCUGCAGCUGCAGUCCUUUGAUGAACCCGCCUCGAAUAAGCCGCGCAACCUGACCCAGCAGGAGCUAACACAUCGGAAUAUUUGGUCCGCUUCGCUGGAAAUCGCCGAUAAUGACAUGAAAUGGCACCAGGACCAGGAACUGGGUGACGGCAAGGCCCCUGGGGCAGGAGCUUCACAGUUGAGCAGCCUGAACAUAGCCAACAAUCUGUUCAACAGCAUUCCCGCUGCCCUGCCCUGUCUGGCAGUCAAUCUGACCCGCUUGAAUAUGUCCUACAACAGUCUGCGUUCCAUGGGUCAUGUGACCAGCUACCCUGCCACGCUGAAGCAGCUGGAUCUGAGCCACAAUGAGAUCUCCUGCUGGCCCAGUCUGCCUCGCAUAACCGAAUCAGAUCCGCAUUUGCUGUGCUACAGCUACGUCCAGGUGCCGGAGGGUCAGGAGGAGCCCACCUAUAAGUCAUCAGCGUCGAAGGGCAACGCCUCCUCCUUCCGCGCUUCGGUGCUGAAGAGCGUCUGUCGCCACAGACGCCACCUACGCUUGGAGGCGUUGCGCACUCUCAUCCUGGCGGACAAUUUGCUCACGCGGAUUCAGCUAUCGACUGACGAUGCCACAACCCUUUUCAAUGAGAGCGAGGACGCAGACUGGAGUGUGGUGGGGGUGAGCAAGUCCAAGGUGAUGUUUCCAAAUCUCUCCAUGCUGGACAUGACCAACAAUUGCCUUAAGGAGAUCCCACCAUCGCUGCACGAGCUGAGCAGCCUCUCGGUGCUGAAUAUAAGCGGAAACGUGAACAUAACGGAGCUGCCACCCCAUCUGGGACUGCUCUCGAGGCUGUGGAAUCUCAACACACGCGGCUGCCUGCUGCAGGAGCCACUGCGGUCGAUGAUCGAUAGCAAGAAGCACAAGACAAUGGACAUUGUGGGCUACCUAAAGUCCAUCUACGAAGAUGCCCAGCCCUAUGCGCGGAUGAAGCUCAUGGUAGUGGGUGUGGCCGGCAUAGGCAAGAGUACGCUGUUGGAUUUGCUGCGCCAGGGUGUGGGAUCGGGGUCCAGCUCCAGCUCACAUCGGUCCCGAGCCAGUGAGAAUCACUGGGCCAAGAGGAUGGGCCAUGCGCGUAGUACGUCCCGCUCUCAGCGACAUUCUUCUACCUCAAACUCAAACAUAUCCACAGUGGGCGUGGACAUUGGCACCUGGAUAUGCGAGAAGCGGAAGCGAUCUCCCGGCUCGCACGGUCCAGUGGUCUUUCGCACAUGGGACUUCGGUGGACAGAAGGAGUACUAUGCCACGCAUCAGUACUUCCUCUCCAAGCGCAGCCUCUAUCUGGUUCUGUGGCGCAUCAGUGACGGCCACAAGGGUCUGGCAGAGCUGCUCCAGUGGCUGGCCAAUAUACAGGCACGAGCUCCCAACUCGCCCGUCAUCAUUGUGGGCACCCAUUUCGAUGCAGUGGGCGAGUCCAUCUCCGCCCAGCAAGCCGAGCACCUGCAGCAGCUGAUUCGGGAGAAGUUUAUUGCGAUACCGGAUGCAGAAAAGAUCGGGCUGCCGCGUGUGAUUGACUCAAUUGAGAUAAGCUGUCGCACAUUGCACAACAUCCAUUUACUCGCCAACAUCAUCUACGACACCUCGAUGCAACUGCGCUCGCCCGGCUCCAAGGAACCGAUGCUCCUGCAGAAAAUCCCUGCUAGCUACAUUGCCCUCGAGGACAUUGUCCAUGUGAUUGCCUGCAAUUUGCGGGCGGCGGGUCGCGAUCCAGUGCUGGAUGCUGAGCAGUAUCGCCGCCUGAUCACCGAGCAGAUGCGUAUGCACAACUAUAAAAGCUUUCGGGAUGCCGCUGAGCUGCAGCAGGCCACCACCUGGUGCCAUGAGAAUGGAGUCCUGCUGCACUACGAUGAUGCCACCCUCAGGGACUACUAUUUCCUCGAUCCGCAGUGGCUGUGCGAUAUGCUGGCGCAUGUGGUUACGGUGCGCGAGAUUAAUCCCUUUGCGCCGACGGGCGUUAUGAAGUUGGAUGAUCUGCAGCUGCUGUUCCGCAGUGUCCAGGUUCAAGGGAACGGCAUUCGCAGUUAUAUUGUCAGUUUGUUGAACAAAUUCGAGGUGGCCCUGACCUGGGACUCGCGUACUCUACUCAUUCCCUCCCUGCUGCCACUGCAAGAGGGGGCCACGCCCAAUACUGGCACUACGGUGAAGUUGUCGCAGCGUUCACGUGGCCGCAAUUUGGGUUGCUCCGUCUCGCAGGAGCUGAAUCUCAACAAUCUUAUCUACGAGCAGCGUUCGCACCGCACUUCACCAUCUACUUCGUCAGCGGCCAGUCAAGGACUGCGUCGCAUUCUUCUCAUGACGUAUUUCCCCUCGGGCUUCUGGUCGCGCCUGAUCACACGGAUACUUGCCGAUGAGCAGAUCGUUGAAGCCAUCCGAAGCGUCUAUGUGGCUGCCCCAGACAAAUGCGUAGAGUUUGAUUUACGCCUCUCACUGGAGCAGGACACACAGUGGAAUCUGUGGCAGACGGGCCUAGCUCUGUAUUAUGGAGCCAUCAUGAUCUUUCGCAUCUGGGAGGUGCCCUUCCAGUGCAACGAGCGAACGCAGCCUUUCCGCACGGCAGGCAACCGAUUCAAGCUCAAACUGGAUGGCAUCUGGAGCGAUGUCAGCUUGAGCUCCUCGAGCAUUUUGGAGGUUUACUUUCCCCUCCAUCAUGUGAACAUCUAUCAGGAGCUGGACGACGGAGAACGUCAAUUGCUGGCCGAGCUGCAGCCGCACAUGUCGCAGGUGGCGAAGCUCUUGGCGCUGACUGUGGAUCACAUCGAUUUGCUGCUGGAGGACUGGUAUCCGUCGUUGGGCACCCGGUUUGUGCACACUUCUGAGGGUCGCUUCCUGAUCAGCCGCAUGGUGUUGUGUCCACGCUGCCUCCGGAAGCUGCAACAGCAGCACAGCAAUGAGCCCGCGGACCGAGAGAUGCCUGCCCUGGGAUGCAAUAGACCGAGUCGUAGUGGCAGACGCGGCGCUGGGGCAUACUUCCUGCACGGCGUUGGCGAUCCCGGGGAUGAUGGUGCACUGAAUGUCUUCUCCGCUUAUCUUAAUGCAACAGCGCGGAGGGAGCGACGUUCCGAGGAUUCUCUGGGGGCAGGGUCGGAUGCGGACUCCGGUGUGGGUCCCGAUUCUGCCGGCUCCUCCCGCAACACAUCCGUGGACGGACACCCGGGCUACCAUUUGCCGGAUAAUUCCAACGUUUGCUACGCCUGGAUGAUCGAAGAGUGCAUCCUGUCCGUGUACAAUCAGAGUAAGCUUAGCUGCCCCGUGCAUCUGGAGCAGUCGAUGGCCCAGCUGGCGCCCGAUGUGAUCUUCGCCGAUAUUCCCGACAAACACACCAUCGCCACGGAGUGCAUCAUCAAGGGCUCGCUCCUGGGUCGCGGUGCUUUUGGCUUUGUGUUCAAGGCCAGCUGCAAGCUGAGAGGCGCGCGAUCCUUCAAGCCUGUGGCCAUGAAAAUGCUUCAGCCAGUGCCGCCUGGCUCCCGAGCCAAAGAGAGCGCUCUGAUGGCCUACAAGGUGGCAUUGGGAAAAUGGGAUCGGGAUCCCUUGCAGCACUCCUGCAAGGCGUAUUGUACCGCCCGGCAAGAGCUCGCCGUUCUGCUCACCCUCAAGCAUCCCAAUAUUGUGCCCUUGGUGGGGAUUUGCAUUAAACCACUGGCCCUGGUGCUGGAGCUGGCACCGCAGGGCAGCUUGGACGCUCUGCUCCGGCAGUACCGGCGCAGCGGAGCUCACAUGGGUCCGCACACUUUCCAGAGUCUGGUCCUGCAGGCCGCACGGGCCAUUGAGUAUUUGCAUCGUAGAAGAAUCAUCUACCGAGAUCUGAAGUCGGAGAAUGUGCUGGUCUGGGAGCUGCCGCAGCCGCACACCGAGGACAGUCCCCGCAACCAUGUGCACAUCAAGAUUGCCGACUAUGGCAUUAGCCGGCAGACAGCGCCCAGCGGAGCCAAGGGCUUUGGCGGCACCGAGGGAUUCAUGGCACCCGAGAUAAUACGCUACAACGGCGAAGAAGAGUACACAGAGAAGGUCGAUUGCUUCUCCUUUGGCAUGUUCAUCUACGAGAACAUAAGCUUGCGACAGCCGUUUGAGGGGCACGAGUCCAUUAAGGAGUGCAUCUUGGAGGGCAGCCGACCGGCACUCACCCAAAGGGAGACUCAGUUUCCGAGCUGCUGCCUGGAUCUCAUGGUGCUCUGUUGGCACGAGCAACCGCGUCGUCGUCCCACAGCGAGUCAGAUUGUGUCCAUACUUAGUGCACCAGAGUGCAUCCAUUUACUGGAUGUGGUGGCCCUGCCGCACGGCGAAAAGAUUGUCUGCGGUGUGUUUCAGUCGACGGUUGGCAUGGGCGAUGAUGAACGAUCCGGCUUGGAGCUGUGGCUUCCCGCUUUCGGAAACCGCAUCGACAUACUUGAUUGCACUCCCUCCGGCUGCCUGGUGCAGUGCAACAGCAUCAGUUGUGCUCCACAGCCGCAGGUUGGCCCACCCAAGACCCCCGAGAGCGGCGCCCAAUCCCGUUCCCGGUCUGCGCAGCGCCAACCCAAGAUGAACAUGCUCUGCUGCUGCCUGGUGGGCGAGGCCAUCUGGAUGGGUGACGUUUCCGGCAACCUGCACGCCUAUAGUACCACCACCUACGCCCAUUUGUUCUCCUACAUGCUGGAUCCGGCCAUCAAGUCGGCUGUGGUGAGCCUCGUCUACAUGGAGUUGAUUGCCCGCGUUGCCGUGGGCCUGCACAAUGGUCGAGUGUUCCUAGUCGAUGCCACAAUGAUGCCCAGCAACUGCGCCUUUGCCGAGGGCUCCUUUGUGCUUACGGAGAUCUGUUCCGGCUUUGUAUUGCACGCUGCCUGCUCAGUUCUUGUCGAUGGGACUUAUGAACUUUGGUGCGGUGAAAUAGCCGGCAAGAUAAAUGUAUUCCCGCUGAGCGAGUCGGGAGUUAGUGGCCAUCAGGCGCUGUGUCACAGCGAGGAGCCCAAUCUAAUUGAGGAUGUGAAGGUGGCUCGCCUGUGCAGCAAUGAGAGCCACGUCUUCAGUUGCCUCUAUCCCGGCUGCAUGGUCUACCAGUGGGGCGUGACCUCGAAGCGCAUCGAGAACAAGUUGGACUGCUCCAAGCUGCUGCCGUGCUCCGAGUCGCUGCAGAGCAUCGCCAUCGAUGAGCACGUGAGCCUCAUCAAGUGCCAGAUUUCGGCUCUGGCGGCGCACAACACAGAGCUGUACAUAGGCACCACUUGGGGAUGCUUGAUCGUGGCCGAGCUGCAGACGCUGCGUCCCAUAAGUGUUUUCCGACCCUAUGAAAAUGAGAUAAAAGCCAUCAUAACGCUUUCAAAUGACAAGGUGCCGUUGAUCGCCACCAUUGGGCGUCGGUAUCGCUCUCUGAUCUCCCGCUACGUGGACUCGGCUGAGCCCUCCAAUGCGUGCUCUGCAGUCAGCACACCCACACAUGGUGCCGCGAAGUCCUUGCCGCCAGUUGAUGUUGAUAAUCAUAUCCAUUGCCUGCUGUGGCGCGCCAAGCACUGGACCUAGUAGACCCUAGUAGAUCUCAACGACGACUUCGGCGCAUUGUUAAAGUAUUCCUAAUCCACUUACACGCGUACACAUUAUUGUUGGCACUCGCUGGACUCUGGCUAGGAUAGGAAUAGGACUAGGGAUAGGGAUCUUCCAUCCAGUUGCAUAAUUGCUGCUUUCUUUGCUUCCAGUGACGUCUAUCCCCAGUGUCUGCUACACACAACACACAAACAUUCCAUUUUUCAUAAUAAAAUUUAAUAAAAUUACUCAUAGAAUCUCAU